AUGGCAAAGUCAAUCCUCCUCAUCAACGGCCCCAACCUGAACCUCCUGGGCACCCGCGAGCCUCACAUCUACGGCUCGACGACGCUCGCGCAGCUUGAGGCCUCGUCCAGGGAGCACGCGCGGUCCCUCGGCGCCGAGCUGCAGUCGUUCCAGUCCAACACGGAGGGCGCCAUCGUCGACCGCAUCCACGCCGCGCGGGACGCCGGCGUCGACGUCAUCAUCAUCAACCCGGCGGCCUACACGCACACAAGCGUCGCCAUCCGCGACGCGCUGCUCGGCGUCGCCAUCCCCUUCAUCGAGCUACACAUCAGCAACACGCACGCGCGAGAGUCGUUCCGGCACCACAGCUACCUGAGCGACAAGGCGGAAGCGGUCAUCAUGGGGUUCGGCAUCCACGGCUACGGGUACGCGAUUGACCACGCGGUCAAGAACAUCAAGCCAAAGGCGUGA